AUGAUCUUCACAGCAGAGCAGGUGGCUUGUGUGUGCGAGGUCCUUCUGCAGAGUGGCCGCAUGGACCGACUUUCCGGCUUCCUCCGCACUCUUCCUCCUCCUUCCCUCUCCUCCUCCUCCUCCCCUUCUCCUUGCCCUGGGGAGCUAGAGAGUGUGCUGAGGGCUAAAGCUGCAGUGGCCUUUCACCAGGGCCGCUUCGCCGACCUCUACGCUCUGCUGGAGGGUUUCCCCUUCUCCCCUCACAGCCAACCACUCCUGCAGCAGCUCUGGAUCAGAGCCCACUACACAGAGGCUGAGAGGCAGAGGGGCAGGCCCCUGGGAGCUGUGGGGAAGUAUCGCGUAAGGAGAAAGUUUCCUCUACCACACACCAUCUGGGACGGAGAGGAGACCAGCUACUGCUUCAAGGAGAAAUCACGGAGUAUGCUUAGGGAGUGGUACCGGCAGAAACCUUAUCCCUCUACCCGGGAGAAGAUGGAGCUUGCAACGGCCACCGGCCUGACGACCACACAGGUCAGCAACUGGUUCAAGAACCGCAGGCAGAGAGACCGAACCACGUACGUUACUGGUUUCCACAUAGCUUGCUCUGGAGGAGCCUCAGGAGACGUCUACCCUUCAUUUGACGACUUUUCACCUCCAGGCCAUCCACCUCCACCUCUCUCUCACCCACCACCUGCUCUAUGACACAUCGUUUGAUUGCCCAACGUUUUCUAACUGCUAUUGCUUGGUUGUUCCUUGUCAUUCAGAAUGACUGUUUCUUGUUGUGCUACCUCCUGUGCUUCCUGAAAGAAAAGUCUAUGUUCUGUGUCAGUAAAACAAACAAAUGAACAUGAUUUAGCAGAUACUGUCCUGUGACUUAAACAUAUGUAAAAAUAAAUAAAUAAAUAAAAAAGAGCACACAAUCAUCA